AUGCCCCUAAAAGAAGAUCCCUCAUGUUUAGGAAACUCAAAAGAUAUAGCCCUCAAACGUCUCAGAUCGCUGUGGAAUCGCUUAGCUAAAGAUGAAAUUUAUUUAAAUUUAUAUCGUGAUUUCUUAAAAGAAUAUGAGAAACUGGGACACAUGAGAGAGGUUACUAGAGAAAUUGAACCAGAGGUAACAUAUUAUGCUACACAUCAUGGAAUCUAUCGUCCAGAAAAGUCCACGACAAAACUUCGUGUUGUAUUUAAUUGUUCUUCAGUAACUGAUAAGGGAAUAUCCCUUAAUGAUAUUCAGUUUAAUGGAGGAGUGAUUCAGGAGGACUUAUAUACUCAAAUGCUAAGGUUCCGCACAUAUGCAUAUGCCUUUACUGCUGAUAUCAAAAUGAUGUAUCGAACUAUUUUAAUCAAUCCAAAUCAGUGUAAUCUUCAGAGAAUCGUUUGGUGUGAAAAUGAAGAUGAACCGCCAAAAAUAUACGAACUAUCUACCGUUACUUACGGCACGGUAAGCGCACCUUACUUAGCGCAAAGAACACUUAAACAGCUUUCAGUUGACGAACAAGCCAAUUUCCCCAUGGCUGCUCCCGUCCUGCAAAAUAAUUUUUACAUGGAUGACUGUUUGUGCGGUGCAGACACAUUAGAGGAGGCAAUUGAGCUCAAGCAACAAUUAAAAGGGAUUUUGCAAAGUGCUGACAUGACACUACACAAGCUCUGCGCCAAUCACGUGAAACUAGCACCAGAUUCUGAAUGUGAUUAUAAUUUUGCAACGUUAAUAGAGACAAAAACUUUAGGUGUAUCCUGGAAACCAAUUUUAGAUUGUUUUCUAUUCAGAGUAAAGGUAUGCUUGGAGAAUUCUUACACAAAACGUGACGUUUUGUCCACUAUUGCCAAGCUCUUCGACCCGAUUGGUCUAAUGGCACCGGUAAUAGCAAAGGCAAAGAUUUUCCUUCAGCGUUUGUGGAGAAUCAAAAUGGACUGGAAUGACUCUUUACCAGAUGAAGAAUAUCGAGAGUGGCAUCAAUUUCUAGUGUCUUUAGAGAGCAUCAACAAUAUAGAGAUUCCAAGACGCAUCUUCAUCACUAUUCCAAAAAGUGUAGAAAUCCAUGGCUUCGCUGAUGCAUCUCAGCAAUGUUAUGGUGCAGCAGUCUACUGUAAAUCUAAAAAUUCAAUGAAUGAGACUUUGGUUAGUUUGAUAACGAGCAAAUCAAGAGUUGCGCCUAUAAAAAGUCUGACUAUCCCAAGACUUGAGUUAUGUGCUGCUGUUCUUCUGUCAAAACUUGUGAAACGAGUGGUUGCUGCGUUAAAGUUAGAAACUGUUGAAAUAUACCUUUGGACAGACUCUAUGAUAGUUCUAGCGUGGCUUCAAAAAGAACCCAUAGAUUUAAAAACCUUUGUUCAAAACAGAGUGGCCACAAUACAAGAACUAUUUCCUAAUCAGCGAUGGAGACAUGUACCAACUGAUGAAAAUCCUGCAGACUUAGUUUCACGAGGUGUUGAUCCUGAUAAACUUCCGCAUAACAACUUAUGGUUUCAUGGUCCGAUGUUUCUUGCCGAAAAUGACUAUCCAAAUCGAACUAUAAAUUGUAGUGAGAAACACAAUGAGUACUAUUCAGAACUGAGAAACUCCACCAAUGGAGACUUUGAGGACUUUCCGUCUGUGCUUAAUAUCCAUACUAAUAAUUUUGUAAAUGAUUUAAUUAAUUUAAGCAAUAACUAUAUAACUAUUUUACGUGUUGUGAGUUUUCUUUUUAGGUUCGUGGAAAUUGUAAAAAUAAAGCAGAAAUCAACGGGUCUAUUAACAACAAGGGAGUAUGAAAGAGCAGAAACCUUUCUGGUAAAAAAGGUUCAGGAACAAUAA